GUUGAACCGUUAUGUGGACAUUCGCGUGCUAAUAAAGCUUCUGUGUGUCUUUUCUAGCAUGUGGACAUGUGGUCCUUUGAUGUGUUUGCACUGAACGAUGCUAGUGGGGACCACGCUCUGAAAUUUGUCUCCUAUGAGCUAUUCACCAGAUAUGACUUGAUCAACCGUUUCAAGGUCCCUGUUUGUGUCCUCAUAUCCUUCGUGGACUCGUUGGAAGUGGGCUACAGCAAACACAAGAAUCCCUUUCACAACCUGACGCAUGCGGCUGAUGUCACACAGACCAUUCAUUACCUGCUCCUCAAGACCGGCAUGGUGCACUGGCUCAGUGAGUUGGAGAUCUUUGCCAUCAUUUUU